CUCAGCUAGGCUCCAGGUGACCAGCAGAAACACAAAGAAACCGAAGGAAAAACCGAACUCCGUUAACAAAUCCAGCAGUUGGAGGAUGUUGCGCUUUUCUGCCAGUAAUAUAAACAGUUACUUAGAAACACGAAGUAAAUGUUAAUAGGGAAUCCAUAUCCGGUGCUGGUCGGUGUUUACGUGAGGCGACAUCGUGCUGAGAGGACAAUAUUGACCGAGAAACGGUCGAGUUAACUCCGACAGACUCUCAGCGGGUCGCGGGUCGGUGCCGUCUGUCGUCAUCACCAGAAGAAGUUUGGAUUAAAAGAGAAAACAGCGAAGAUGUCUCAACCUGCUAAUGCUGAUGCUAAUGCUAACGUGGAUGAGAAGGUUCUGCAGUAUGAGCACUUCAUCAACGAAGUUCUGAAGAGAGACUUACAGAAGGUGUUGGAGCACAGAGACUUGGUGUAUGAGAAGAUCUCCCAGUACCUGCAGCUGAAGAACACCAUCCUGAGCCUGCAGGAGGCGGGCUCUCACAAGCUGAAGGCAGAUGUUGAUCUUGGCUGUAACUUCUACGUCCAGGCUGAAGUUGAGGACUCGUCCAGGAUCUUCGUGGCGGUCGGUUAUGGUUUCUUUGUGGAGAUGACUCACGAUGAAGCUCUGAGAUUCAUUGACAAGAAGACGAGUCAGCUCACAACCUUCACGGAGCAGCUCACCAAAGACUCGGCUGAGAUUAAAGCCAACAUCCGCAUGGUGCUGGAGGGUCUGCGGGAGCUGCAGGGACUGUCAGACCUGCCAGAGAGAAGAAGAAGAGAAGUCUUCUAGACUUUUCCACAUGCUGGAUGAUCAGUGGACACUUCAGAUUGGGACGGGCAUUUAAAUCCUCGACCUCUUUGACGUGACUGAGAUGUGACGAGGCUCUGAGGACGAAGAAUGUCGCUCCGUUCAGACGAACGUCUCGGGAAUAUAAAAUUCUUUUCAACUCCAGGAUCAUCAGCAGGGCAAAGACUGAAGCGUGCUCAGGGUGGCGCCACCGAGCUGAAGACACAGCAGGAGGUGAAUUAGAGUCUAAAAUGUGACUGUAGUCUCCUCCUCAUCCUCCUCAUCCUCCUCCUCCUGAAACAUGCUAUUAAUUUCCCUUAGUAUCAAAGUAAUCUGUUACAUUCACAAAUCCUCACAAACAUGAUCCACUAACUCUGUGACUACAAGGAAACGGAUAUAGAGUCAUAUCAGGUGUAAAGAGAGCAGCAGCACCUGAAGGUUAGCCUAGCUCAGCACAAAGACUGGACGCAGGUUUGUACCUGUAACCUUUCAAAAUAGUGUCACCAGGAGUGACUGGUGGUUUUUGAUUCACCUGUUCUGAUGAAUUAAAAAAUCUUUCUGUCUGACUUUUGCCAAACCUAACAAUAAGAAAUAAAAAAAUCUGUGUCCAGCCAAAUCGGUCCUGUGUUGGUCGGAGCAGCUCAGAGAGGAUCCUUCAGGAUACAGUCACCUGUCAGAGCAGCCACACCUGCUGCGUCUGUCUGUCUGUCUGGUUGUUGUCUUGUAGUCUCACUGUGAGUAAAGGAUUGAGUGCUGUGAUGUUCUGUAAGCAAAUGAUCAAGAUUUCAUUAAAAAAUCAGUUGAAUCUGU